CCUUGUAAAUACAUUUAUUUAAAAGAAAAGAAAAGGCUUGAAAUAUGGGCUAAAGUAUGUGGGCUUUAUUACCCACCCAAUAUGACUAAAUGAAGAACCAAAUAGGCCCAAUGAAGCAACACCGAUCCAGCCCAAAUGAGAAAGACGAGAAAUCGGGCUUUAACCUCGAACAAUCCGUAGGGACCUUAAUCGUCAUGAAGACCUAAAACCAGAAGAUACCAUUGAACUUCGGUUCUGAUCCUUCUACAUCUCCUUCUCAAAUUAUCAUGCUUAACAGCGCGUGCUCCCAAUAUAUAGUGGUUGAAGCGUCAUUCUCAAUAGUCAAUCGAGCCCUUAGCGAGACCGGCAUUAACAGGGGUAGUUGAGCUUCGCUGAUUGUAGAUCAUUUUUUUAGGGUUUCGUUUCAGGGAUUUUGUUGUUUUAAAUUUCUUUUUUCAAUGGGUAGUAUUUGUUUCUCUCUCGCUCUCUGCCUCACUCUCUUCACAUCCAUCUCCCUCACAAAAUCAGCCAAUGAUUUCACUUCACCAUACCUCUCACCCACCAUAUUCUCCCCAAAUUACCAAAAAAUGCUCAAAAACUUCAAAAUUUUCAUCUAUACCCCUCAAAACCCCUUCUCUUCCAACUCUUCAGUCGAGUCUCUCUUCUACAAUUCACUUCAAAACAGCCCCUUCGUAACUCAAGAUCCCAACGAAGCUCACCUGUUCUUCGUCGCCUUCCAGUUUGAACAUUCCGCGCGCGCGAUCGCUCGUGUUAUUAGAGACCUACGAAUGGAAUUCCCGUACUGGAAUCGCACCCUCGGAGCCGACCAUUUCUACGUUUCCUGUGCCGGUAUCGGGUACGAAUCUGAUCGAAAUCUCGUCGAGCUGAAGAAGAACUCGGUCCAGCUCUCGUGCUUCCCUGCAACCGCCGAUAAAUUCAUACCCCACAAGGACAUAACUCUUCCCCCACUCGCGAACUCUCAGUCUCACGAUCCGCAGCACACGCCCAGAAUCGACAACGCCAGCGCGAGACAUCUGGGUUACGUGAGAAACGGUGCCAUUAAAGAGUCAACUCUGGUCGAAGAAUUGAGGAACGAUCCUGAUUUCGUGGUGGAUUCUCAACCGUCAGAUUGGAGGUCUUAUGUGGACAGACUGUCAAGAAGUGAUUUUUGUUUGUUCGAGUACGGAGCCGAUACGCUCGGAAUUGGUGAAGCUAUGCGUUUCGGGUGCGUACCGGUGGUUAUUACAGACCGUUCGAUCCAGGAUCUACCGUUGAUGGACGUGCUGAGAUGGCAGGAUAUGGCGGUGUUUGUGGGGUCAGGACGUGGGGUUAAGCAGGUGAAGGGCGUGUUGGAUGGCACGUGCGAGGGGAGGAGGAGAUUGGGUGUGACGGCGAGUCAGCAUUUUGUGUGGAAUGAGACGCCGCAGCCGUACGAUGCGUUUCAUAUGGUGAUGUAUCAGCUGUGGCUAAGGCGACAUACGAUCAGAUACGCAAGAAGAGAAAUGGACUAAAUAUAAAAUUCAUAAUUGGCGACUCAUUAUUGAUGUAUUAGUCAAAUGACUUCUAAAAUGUAAUCUAGUUUAUUUAAUUUCAAAUAUAUAUAUCUAUAAUUUUUUUUU